UCAAAACAACAGGAGCCUCUCAUUCUCUCUUUCAGCCUCUUAUUUUCUCUCCAUACUAGCCAAAAAAACCCAAGUCAAAAAAUGGAGGACCAAAUGUCCAAAAUAAGCUUGCGGCCCUUCCAACUCUCAGACAUUGAUGAUUUCAUGGUUUGGCAUUGUGAUGAUAAUGUUGCUAGGUUUUGUGGUUGGGAUACAUGCACAUCUAAAGAAGAUGGGCUAGCCCGCUUGAGAGAUCGCACCAUUCCCCACCAACGGGAAAAGGCUAUUUGCCUAAAUGAUCGACCCAUAGGCUCCAUAGGCUUGAUCCAAGGGUCAGGUGCUGGCCUUUGUAGAGCAGAAGUUGGUUAUGUGUUGGCUUCUAAGUAUUGGGGCCAAGGCAUAGCAACACAUGCAGUGAAGAUGGUGGUCUCUACUGUGUUCAAGGAGAAGCCAGGGUUGGAGAGGAUAGAAGCUACUGUAGAUGUUGAGAAUGUGGGGUCUCAAAGGGUUUUGGAGAAAGUUGGAUUCAAAAGAGAAGGGCUCUUGAGGAAAUACUUGAUCCACAAGGGAAGGACCAUAGACAUGUUUAUAUAUAGCUUCCUUUCCACUGAUUCGAUAAAAUGAUUGUCUACUUUUUAAGUGAUGUGAAAAUUUGAUUACAAGAUGGAAGCUAUGCUACAAGGGAUUCACCUUAUUCGUCAGAGAUUUACUUCCAUCUUGAAGGUGAUUCCCUUAAUAUCAUAAAUUGGUGUAAUAAAGAGUAUAAAUCACCAUAGAGCUCGAGAAGUAAAUGGAUGGAGGUUUAUAGACAAUAGUGAUAAGUUAGAAGUUUCAUUCACGCAUGCAUAUAGAGAGGCUAAUGAGAUUGCAGAUAGCUUGGCCAAGAGAGAGUGCAUAUCAAAAGAGCGGCGAGGUGGUGAUAUAUGAAGUUUUAUUUAUGUGAGGAGAGUCUAUCUAUGUAACUUUUCUUAUUAUUAAUGAAAUAACAGUAUUAUUGUAAAAAAUAAAAAAAU